AUGGCCGCCGAGGAGCAUUCCCCCCGCACGCUCCGGCUCACGGAGCACGUCAUCGCGAUGAACCCGGCCCACUACACCGUGUGGCUGUACCGGUUCAGGAUCAUCCAGGCGCUCGACCUGCCGCUCGACGACGAGUUUGCCUGGCUCAACGGCGUGUCGCUCGACCACCUGAAGAACUACCAAAUCUGGCACCACCGCCAGCUGCUGCUCGAUCACGUGCACGCGCGCAUCGGCUCGGACGCGGCGGCGGUCAAGAAGCUCGCGCACGACGAGUCGCACUUCCUGCGGCUCAUCCUCGCCGAGGACACGAAGAACUACCACGUCUGGAGCUACCGGCAGUACCUCGUGCGGCGGCUCGGCCUCUGGACGGCGCAGGAGCUCGCGGCGACGCAGACGUUCGUCGAGGAUGACGUGCGCAACAACUCGGCCUGGAGCCACCGCUUCUUCGUCGUCUUCAGCGACCCGGCCGCCUCGACGCCCGGCGCCCACGCCACGGCGCCCGACGCCGCCGUGCCCGCGGCGACGGUCGACCGCGAGAUCGCCUACGCCCGCGCCAAAAUCGCCGUGGCGCCCCAGAACCAGGCCCCCUGGAACUACCUCCGCGGCGUGCUCGUCAAGGGCGGGCGGCCGCUCGCGAGCGUCGAGAGCACGGCCGUCGAGUACGUGUGGCGCGUGGGCGAGGCGGACGGCGAGGACGUCCAGAGCAGCCACGCGCUGGACUUCCUGGCCGACGUGCACGCGGAGAAGGGGGAGACGGUCGAGGCGGCCACGUGUCUGGACCGGCUCGCGGAGAAGUGGGAUCCCAUCAGGGCGGGGUACUGGCGGUAUCGCAAGGCGCAGCUCGCGUAG